GCGGGCGGGAUGUCACGUUUCAUUGGCGAAACGUAUACAGUUGAAAAGAGCGGUGGUAAAUGUGAAAUCGGCGGAUAAUGCGUGUUUUGGAUGGGCUAUGACUGCUGCACUUUAUCCAGCAGAAAAAAACAGCGAUCGCACAUCCUCUUACCCGCAUUAUUCAACGAUAUUCAACUUCCAAGGCAUCAACUUCCCUAUGACGUUGGACCAGAUUGGGAAAUUUGAGAAGAUGAAUAAUCUCUCAAUCAAUGUCUAUAGCGAGAAGGAGGAAGUCAUUCUACCAGUCCGCGUGAGCAAGGAGAAGAAAGAGCGACACUUCAACUUGCUUUACAUCGAAGACGUGUCGGGAUGUGGAAUUGGACACUUCGCGUGGAUCAAGAAUUUAUCCCGGCUCGUCAACUCACAGCUCAAUUCUGAUGGGCACAAGAAAUACAUCUGUGAUCGAUGCCUUCAUUACUUCCCAACCAUUGAUAAGCUGCAGUUCCAUGAGGUGGAUUGUGGCGUUAUCAACGAUUGUGCCGUUCGACUACCAGCUGAGAACGACAAAUGGUUGGAGUUUACCAAUGCCAAUCGGAAGGAGCGUCUCCCGUUCGUGGUAUACGCCGACCUCGAAUGCAUCUUGGAGAAGACCAGCGCUGAAGAAAGGGAGAAAAAUAAGAGCCAACAUCAUCGCGUCUUCAGCGUUGGAUAUUAUGUAAAGUGCUCCUACGAUGAUUCGCUUUCGGGAUACCACGAACGCCGAGGUGAGGACUGCGUGGAAUGGUUCGUAGAAGAACUUAAACAAUUAGCUUUGCGCACAAAUUAG